AUGUCUUCUACCGCUAUUCCGACCAACGCCAGCCAGCCUCGCAUCGCCAUCAUCGGCGGUGGCCCCGCAGGCCUCGUCCUGCUCCUCACUCUGUCCAAGCGCGGCGUUCCCGCGACGCUCUAUGAGCGCGACACGGACAGCGAGGCGCGCGCCCAUCUCGGCGGCAUGCUCGACCUCGAGUGGGAGACCGGCCAGCGCGCGCUGCGCGAGAACGGUCUGGAGGACGUAUUCAGGAAGCAUUCGCGCCGUGACGCUGAGGAGACUAAGAUCUGCGGCAAGGACGGGGUCACCCUGUUCUUCCAGGCCGGCGCAGAUCCAACCGAUGAAAGUCUGGAGGAUGCGCGCCCCGAGAUCGACCGCCGCGUCCUGCGCGAGAUUCUGCUCGACGCCGUGCCGAAGGACGCGAUCAGGUGGGGCUAUGCGCUCACCGGUAUCCGCCCGCUCCAGGACGGCCAGCACGAGCUCACCUUCGCCAACGGCGUCGUGACCACUAGCGACUUUGUUGUCGGCGCCGACGGGGGCCACUCUCGCCUCCGCCCUCUCCUCUCCACGGCCGAGCCCCUCUACCACGGCGUCACAGGCGCGGAGGUUUCACUCGCCCCCUCUGUCGUUACCCUUCCCAAGAAUCACGACAUCAGCGAAGGUGUCGGGCAGGGAACCUGCUUCGCAGCCGAGGACAGCAAGAUGCUCGGCUUCCAGAGGAACGGCAACGGGCGCAUCCGCGCCUACGCGUGGCACCGCAAUACGCUGGAGUGGGAGAUUCCGCGCGACCCGAAGGAGGCGAAGAAGGUCCUCCUCGACAUCUACUCCGACUGGGCCCCGUGGAUGCGCAAGUUCAUCGAGAAGGCCGACGAGGACGCCAUCUACCCUCGCCCCCUCUUCCAUCUCGUCGUCGGCCAUCGCUGGGAGCACAAGCCCGGCGUCACGAUCAUCGGAGACGCCGCGCACCUGAUGAGCCCGUUCGCGGGAGCAGGCGCAAACCUCGCGAUGCGCGAUGGGCUGGAGCUGGGCUUGGUCCUCGCAGAGGCGGUUUCGAAGGACCUUGGAAGGGAGGAGAGAGAGGCGGCUGUCGCAGAGUGGGAGGAGGAGAUGUUUGUGAAGGUGGAGAAGUUCGCUGCUCUUACCCUCCGGAACCUCGAGACCAUCAUCAGCCCCGCUGCUCCCCAGUCCGCUGUCGAGGCAUUCAAACUUUCCCUUUAA